CCACAACAGCAGCUCUGCUGAAAACUAUUUAGAGCGGUUUCAAAUAUGCCACAAAGGAAGAGUCUGUUGGUCAGUCUGCAGGAAGACAUCAUGGAGAUCAGAGCCCUCUGCAUCAGACUGUUGAUAACCAUCAUAAUCAUGCUGCGUGCACAUGCUCAGAAAGUUUUUUCUCUUCGUGUUGUUCCAAACAAAUUGCAGUUUUUUGAAUAUGAAACUGUCAGUUUUUACUGCGAGGGAGUAUUUCAUGGAAACAUAGUACACAAGGUAAACGGGAGAACAUCCCAGUGUAACAACGGUGGUAACAAAACAGCACAAGGAUCGUUGUGCAUUAUGACAAGUCUUUAUUUGAAUGAUGGUGGACAGCACUGGUGUGAGAUUGAAGGAGGGAGGAGAAGCAACAGUGUCAACAUCUCUGUCACUGCUGGUUCUGUGAUCCUGGAGAGUCCUGCUGUUCCUGUGAUGGAGGGAGAAGAUGUGACGCUGCGCUGCAGAAACAAGAUGAUUUCCUCCAAUAUUGCAGCUGAUUUCUAUAAAUAUGGGCAUCACAUAGGGAACAGCUCAACAGCAAACAUGACCAUCCACAGAGUUUACAAGUCUGAUGAAGGACUUUACAAGUGCAAGAUCUCAGGAGGUGGAGAAUCACCAGAGAGCUGGCUGUCUGUCUCUCUGCCAUGUGUCACAGCCGAUCACACAGAGUCUCAGAGAGACCACUCGUCUAACCAGGGCUGCCAUAUUUACCUCGUCUCACGGACUGUGUUCACUGUGGCGAUGGUGGCGCUGCUGCUGGUGGUGGUGGGACUUCUUCACUGUGGGAAAGUCAGAGCUAGAACAGCUAACAGUUCACCCAGAUGUAAAUGUAACUGUAAUUAUGACAAAUAG